UAGUUCUUAUAUACAUCCUAGGAAUGGUGUAUUGUUUCAUUAGAUAUUCUUUGGAAAGUGUUUUGAUUACACUGGAUUAAGAUAGCACGGAAGUGCAAAGUAUUUUUACAAUAUUUAUCUGGUAGCAAACACUACAGUUGUUGUUUAGUUGGGAUUUCAUUAUAAACCCUUUUCAGUUGCUCACCAUUUUCUCAAAAAUGUUUCUUUUGUUGGACAUGUAGGGAAGUUUGAGUAAAAUCUAUAGACCUAUUUUUCAGUUAUGCAAGCAGGAAAAACAUACAAUCUGAACUGCAAGAAAACCUCAAUAUGCUAUUUGUGCACAUAUCUACAUUAGCAAAGACUUAACAUUCGAAACAAAACUAGAUUCUGCUAAUUUGUAAAAAAAAAAUUGGGUUAUUAGCAUUUAAAAAAAACUGCAUGCACAGUAAAACUUCUCACUAACAUUCAGAGCUAUUACGGAUAUAUUAUCUGUUGUCCUACGAUCAUAUUGUAGGGCUCGGUCUUGCAAAAACUCAUGUACUGUACUUCGUGUGUGUGAGUAAUCCAAAGAUCUGAAGUCAACAAGACCACUGAAUGUAUGAAGUUUCUCAUGCGUGGGUUUACAGGAUCAGGCCCUUAAUAUUUAUGUUGCUAAAACUGAUUAAUGUAAUUAGCAUUCUUGAUUUGGUGGUUUCUGACCUGCUCCUGCAAAAACUACCAGGACAAAGUAGUUCCUAUAUUGUAAGUAAUUCCAUUGUUUUAAUAGAGCACUAUGCUUAGUAGUACGGCUUUGCAGAAUCAGCCCAUGGCAGUUUACCUGUUUAGAGAACUUUAAAAAUAACUGCAUUUAUUAUUAAAUCAUACUAUAAAACACAUAGAAUGCAUAAUAUGGCUGACUUAAUGUUACUAUGAGAAUUCUUUUCAUUUCCUAAUUUAAGUGUUUAAUAGGCACCCUAAUGUUAUAUAUAUAUAUUAACAAACAUUUUGUAUUUUAAUUAAUAGAUCUUAAAUCUACUCUCUGAACACUGACCGAAACAUAAUUCCCUUUAAUUUUACUUUUUCAACAUGUCGGCUCCUCCUACUCAGGCCUGAGUUUAUGGGAUGCUCCCAGGUUUAUCAGAAAUGGUGUCCUGCAAACAGGUUCUGAAGCCACCUGUCUAGUCUGCAAAACAUCUAUCUGUCCCAGUGUGGUGAUGACCUGGCCUGACACCAUCACAUCAGAAUGUCACCCUGCUGCUCUGGGAUGGCACCACUGCUGAGUUCCUCCCAAGGCAAAGACACUGAUGCCAGGUUUUUCAGCAUCAUAUAAUUAAGAAGUUCUGCAUAAAGCUGACGAGCACGUAAGGAAAUCUGAGUCUGAUGAAAAUAUCACAUGAAAUGGAUAAAGUUGGAGGAACAUCUGGACAUGCAAGGAUAAGAUUAUGUAGAAACCAUCAGACUUUGGAUGUAUCUUGGUUAAAUUCUAGCCUACAAGAGACAUUAUUACCAGGAAAACCAUGGCAUAAGGUUUUAGACAAACUUGGAGCUGCUCUUGCUGAUGACGUGAAACAGCAACUAAGAAAUCCUGAACAACGACAAAUGGUUUUCUGUCUUCUUGGCCAGCAUUUUGUUAAAAAAUAUUUUAAUGAGUGUCCUAAUCAACCUAGUCUACUAUCUUCCACAAACAUGAGUGAGAUAGAUCAGAAGAAGUUGGAAGAAGAUACAAGGAUUUGGCUGAAGCAACAGUGCUUAAAAGCUGCAGAACGCAUUAGCUGUCAGUUCAGACUUGAUAAUAACUCUGACAGACUGGCUCCCGAAAUGGUGCAUUUUCUUAAUGAUACCUACAACAUAGUAGCAGCAGAGAUGGAAUUGUUAUUGGCUACACAUGAGGCAUGGAAAAAGGCAGAAGAUUCACAUAAGGAUCUACCUUCAUCGGAGUGGAAUUCUGAUCCGACAUCAGUAGCUAAAAAAAGGCCAAAUUCUGUUGAAAGCAAAGACCUCAAUUUAGCCAUAUACGGAGGAUCUGUUUUCCAAUUAAAUGAAAAAGACAAGAUGCAUAUUGGUUCUGAGAUACCCUCACCUAUUCUAAAUUGCUCAGCAAGUGAUAUACUGGGAGACUCAAUCUGUGCCAUAAUCUCAUUAGAUUAUGAUAGUAUGUUAACUGUGUGUGAAAGGCUAAGUGGAAAAUUACUUCCAAAGACACUUCGACAGUUUAUCUGGACUGAUAAACUUCUAAAAGCGGAUGCAAAAGUUGACAAGUUUGAAAGAAUAGCAAUUCUCGAAAGAGAAGCUAGAGUGAAGUUUGGACAAACAGUGGCACACCGAAUUACUAAACUGAAAAUUAGAAGUGCCACCCGAUCACCAAUUUCAGGCCUUAUUGAAAAUGCAGUUGUGGAGAAAUAUGAAAAGACACCCUGCAUGCGUUCUUUUGCCACAAAUGAACAAAUGAUUUCAGAGACCAGCAAAACCUUAAAUGUCCUCUAUGUUUUCAAUGGCACAUAUGAACCCUACCUAAUCUAUUGGCUUUUUCCUUUGCAAAUGGCAUUUAAGCAAAUAAUGCCGACAGGUGAACAUCCCUAUGAAUUGGCUAUGUACCUACAUUUCCUACAUCAAAACUUAUUCCCAUCAUGGACAGAGAUCUUUGCAAUGGCUGAGUGGAUGAUGAGCCUUCUGAAGAGCGAGGACAUUGAAUUCUUCACUCAUCUUCAACAGUGUUUCAGAAAGAAUUUUGCAGUUGACCCAAAAGAUUUCCUGGUGGAGUUGAUAGUUCGAGAAAGAGAGAGAGGUCAAGAACUCUACACAGCAACAGACAGAUCUGAGCAAAACAAACAUCUAACCAAGGAAUUACUGGCAAGCCCAGUCAUUUUCCUCAGAAAGUGGAUGGGUGAAGGCUUUGUGAGUAUACUGGAUUUUCCUGCAGUGUUGUUGAUUUGGGAUCAAUUGUACAUGCAAGAUUGGAAUAAAAAGGUGAUGGAGAAUUUCUGCCUCUCAAUCCUUAUGCUGUUAAAGGAUUCACUAAUGGCUGCCAAUGAUUAUCCAGCUAUAAGAGAGGUGUUUUUGUUCUAUGGUUGUCAUCUUCUUACAGCUGAUAUUCAGAGGGCCUGGAUUCAUCUUCAGCAAGGUGGUUUACCAUCUGACAUCCCUGGGCUUAGCAGGCAGAAUCAAAGGCCACUUGCUGAUCUGUCUCCAAGGCUCAGUUCAAUGGAAGUUGGAAAGGUUUCUCUUGGCUUCCAGGACAUCUUGCCAGUUGAAGUGAAGGAUGUUUUACUAAAGCUAGUUUUACCAGUACCACAGGUUGAGAUAUCACACACUGAAACUUGGUUGAAAGAGUUUGACCCUCUUGCUGUGGAGUUAACGGUUUCAGUAUUUUAUGGCCUUGAAAAACUGUGUUCCAAGACUAGCUCUUUUAAACCCUCUCUUGUACAGAAAACCAAAGGGAAAACAGCAAAUAAAAGUGAAACCACUGAAUUUACUGUUCAGUUCAAUGAAACAUUUGCCUUUGAUUCUCUGGAUCCAUCUGAGUUUAUAAAUAUGGCAGAAGCUAAACCCUAUAUUGUAUUACAAGUAGUUUACAAGUCUAAAGGCAAAGACUCACUGGCUCUCGGAUGGCAAAUGGUGGAUGUAUUUCAGCAAGAAACUACAAAUAUUAGAGCUAUCUGGACACCUAAAGAGUUUUCUACACUUGUUCCACUGCAUCCUGGGAAACUUCCUUAUAACAUUAUGGAUUAUACUUUGAAGCAUGUCUCAAAAGACUUGGCCCGGGGUCAUUCAAGUAUCCAGUUAACUGUUUAUGAUACAUCCAAGGAAAGACAUAGACAGAGAAACAGCCAAAUGAGAAGAAAAAGGCUUCAAGAAUCUGACUUUCUCUAUGUACCUUGGAUUCCAUAUAAUUCCUCUACCAUAUUACCAAGUCCUACAUCAUUAAACUGUCCAUUGGAUCUAUAUAUAGAUGCACUCCAUUAUAUCCCUGAUAAUGCAACAAUAACAAAGGUAACAGGGCAAAUCAAGAAUUCAGGGCUGAAUAGCUUGCCUGAUAUUAUGGCAUUUCCGCUUCCUAAUAGUUCAUCUCGAAAUCCAGAAUUCCAGUACCGAAUGGUCUUAAAUGGAGAUGAUCCAAAAGUAAUGGAUAUCAAGACAUGUGUUCUUCUUCAAGUUUAUACAGUGGAUGUAGAUUCUGGAGACCUUGUUAUAAUAGGAAACUCUGUGAUACGUGUGUUUAAUGAUGAUGGGAAGCUAAACGUAGGAGGAUUUCAAUUAAGACUGAGAGGAGGGAUGCCAACGAAGGAACCAGCAGCUUUUACACCAUCUGCAUUAAAUCCGUAUCCAGCCAUUCCCUGCUGCACUAUACUACUUCGAUUGUUACCACACACUCAGUUUUCAGUGCCUGCACCAAGCUACUUGAUGGGAUAUUACUUCUCAAAUGAUGCUAAGCCCAAUAAUUCAGAGCUAGAGGUUAUAUCCAGCUUUCAAAAGGACAACAGCUUCCCAAAACUUGUACAAGACAUGGCGAUACAUUUAAUUAACAAAGAACAAAGCAAAGUUACACUUGAUCAUUUGGAAGCCUGGUAUGUGGAAAGGUUGGAUGAAAAAAGACAUUCACGACCAGAACACUUUCCAAAAUAUAUCAAUAUACAUCACGCAGUUCGCUAUCGGCAGGAAGUAGGCAUCCGGAUAAAGGUCAAACAAGCCUUUGGACUUAAAGCUGGUGGAUAUUAUGUAAAUGUGUUAGCCAGAGUCCUUAAGGGAGCUACAAGCAUGCAUUUGCCUGAGUUACCUCAACAAUGGGCAGGAGAAGAAAAAUUUCUAACAAGCCAACUUGACUUUACAAGUCUACAGAGCUCACCACGGUGGACGGAUCCAUCUGUGGUGUUACACCCUUAUCUCGAUGAUCAUAGUGUGCUUUUAAUUCAAAUAUUUGGCCUGAAUGCUAUUUAUGUUCCGGAUCCAAGUGGACAGAGACCAGGAAAAGUAAUCUCUCACCCUGGUCAGAUCCUGGAGCUUAAUACACAAUCACAGUUAGGCUGGACUGCUGUUCCACUCUUUGACAGUGACUAUGUGAGGAGUGGUGUGCACAGUGCUCCGUUGUUUCAGGGUUCUCCAAGUGCAGAAUUUCUCCAGUCUGUAAUCUCUCAGCCAGUGAAGGAUGUUAUGGCUGAAGGUAUAAAGAAAAAGACAUUAAAACUUUUGCCAACUUUUGGCAGUGUUACUCUAGAGUUUUGGGAUGGUCAUUACUUUGAAGAGGAGCAUUAUGAGCUAACUGUUCUAAACAACCUUCUAACUGUUGCUAACACAAAGAAAUUUGUGGACACUCAAGCAAACAAGAGAGGCCAAGAGCUGUCACAGCUAGUUCUGCACAGUAUGGAUAAAAAAAUAAGAAAAUUGGGACGACAUAGCCCUGAAUAUUAUCAACAAGAGUAUUUUUACAAAGAAGCAAUGGGAAAUACUUUUUACAGUCUUGUGGAAAAAGUCCUCUUGAAUGCAGGUUAUGGUCAUCUAUGAACUAUCUUUUUGAGCUUUCCCCUCAAAGGUGAAGAAUAUUGGGUAUCAAAAUGAUCAAAUUCUUAAACCGGAUCAAACAUAUUUUCAAGCUCUACCUAAAACUAAGUAUACAUUAUGUGUAUUUUGCCUCCAUUUUAUAACUUACUGAUUUUUUAAAAAAUAUAAAUAAUAGAAUUAAGAAUCUUUUGUACAAAAAGCAUUUCUUCCUGCAUGUAUGGGGUAUAAAUUGUAUACAUCUUUACA